ACGAUAACUGUUACUUACCUGGCCUUUCAGUCUUGAUCUUGACGUGGUGCAUUAUCUCCACCUUUCUAUAAUGUAUGUAACGUUAGCGUUAAUUAAUAAAAACGCCGACUUUUAUAACCACUAAGUUAAUCAAUAUCGUUGACCAUGCAGUGUUUAUAGGUUGAUACCGACUUGUAACUUAUGCUAACGUUACUUGACAAUAGUAGCUAGCUAGCUAACUUAGCUAGGACGUUUGCUUGCUAACGUUAGCUGGCUGCGGUUAGGAUAGAACCGUUUACAAUCCGUUAACGUUAGCCACCUUCUGUGUUAGCAGUAACCAUUGGAUAACGCAAAAGCCAGUUUCUCAAGCCCAGCGAUAUCUACGUUUACCUAUAUUACGAUUAGCUGACUAAUGAUUACCCCUAGCGGUUUCCAUACAUUUACAGGAAAUAAACUGCAGAUUGGGCGUUGUAUUAUUGUAUCAGACCGUAGCGCUUACUAGCUCAAAUUACCAUUGCUAACUUAGCUUGUUUUUGAUCAACGAUCCUUUGCAGACUUUCCUCUUCCGCGCGCUGCCGGUUUCCUAUUAACUGAUUGGCGCUUGUGCUGCGAGGACAUUCUACAUGAUUGGGUAAAUUUGAUGUCCAUCAUAUUUAACUCGGUGCCUAUUGGUUGUAAGUCUUGUAGUAAAUAACGAUCGGCAUAAACAGUGGCGCUUUCUUCUGGUUUCAUCGAUAGUGUUACAUUUGUGUGAAAGGGCUAAGUAAUUAUGUUUUCAGUUACAAAGUUGGACUCGUUGCAUGACUAGAUCUUUAAAGUGCCCGCAGUUGCAUCUUAAUUUGCUAUUUAAUGGACAAUUUGUGUCGUACUGGCAUUUGCCACCAUGGUAACUUUCUUUUGUGGACAUGCCAAGUCAACAAAGACGGCAGGCGGAUGAUGUGGCCUUUGUCUUUCUAAGUUAACUGUUAUUUUACGGUAAGACCUAAGUAAGACAUGCCGAUCCAGCUAUCAUUUAUUGUCAAAGAACUCCGUUGGGAUCAGGUAUAAAUCAGAACCACACUGAAGCAACUUCUUCUGUGCAUCCUCUUGUGUGCUAUGAAUCACUUGUGAUAUUCUAAAGCUGUAAUGAAAUCCAGUGGGCCUGUGUUUACAAGGAAGAAUCCCUUUCAACCAGCAUCCAGAGUGGGGAAGGCAUACUACCACCCAUCCCACAACCAGUCCCUGUCAAAUAAAAAGAAAAAAACAAAUUUGAGUCCUGUACGCUCAAACCAGCGAUCCAGUCCACAAUUACACACUCGGAGCCCAGAGAGCCAACGGCUGGUUGAGCCACGUGGCCAAUAUUUUUCCGCCUCGGAUGAACAACCUGUUUUUGCAGAGUCGUGGCCCUCCACUGAGUGUGGAUCUUCUCCUGCCAGCAGUACAACUUCAUCUGACAUGGAGACACAUAAACAGUCUGCAAGAGCAGGACAAUCUACAGAUACCUCAGAGCUAGGAGUUCAGCAGGACUCCGUAAUGGCGAAGUACAUAGAUCGCUUUCGCCAUGGUCGACCGCAGAGUCGAGAGGAGCGCCAGCAGAUGCACUCAGCCAUUGGCGAGAAGCAGCUACCUUUUUGGUGGAUGUCACCCUCCUCUUCACCCCGCAGUUCAACACCAACUAAAACAACAGACAAAGAUGGACCUGCCAUUUACAGUCCAGCCGGACACCGCCGACACGACGGGUCCCUUUACCCGUGCAGAGGAUCGCUUAGUAUUUUGUCAGACACAUAUCGGGGUGAAUUGGAUGACACCGAGAUCCUACACCUUCAAGAAAAGGCCAGCAGACUUCUGCUGAGAGGUGAAUGUACUCUGAGUGAUGGAUCUAUCCCUGUCAGCUCAGAGGGCCUGGAAUGCUCCGAGUUCUCUUCUCCAAUCAGUGUUGAUGAGCCAGCACGAAGACCUGUGAUUCCCAGUUUAAUAAGAUCUACUGACCCAGUUCAAGCUGUGUCCUCCUGUGUCAUUCCUUCACUGGUGCCUCCCACACGCCGGGAAGAGGACAUCUUGUUCCAGUGGCGUUUAAGGAGAAAGAUGGAGCAGGCCAGGGAGUGGCCCCACUCCCUGCAACAAUCCAGUCGGCAUGGUCCCACUUUUAGCUGGCAGGCCCCCAUUUCAAGCCAUCCUUCAGCCAGUGGACCGGCUUACAAGCAACAUCAGAGUACACAACGUCCUGAAUUCUCACACAAAGCUUCACAUUCGCACAUCACCGCUCCCCAGCCAGAGACCAAAGAAGACCCCGGACCAUGUCCCCCAGUUUCAGGUCCACCUCCUGGCUCUUCAGUCUCUUAUCCCCAGACUGUUGCCCAUGUUCCUGCCCAUAUGCAUUUACUCUGUGAUGUCUUGCCCUGUCCCAUCCAGUCGUCUCGUGCUAACACGCAACAAAACAUUUCAGAAAGUGAAGAUGAGUCUCCGACAAAAGUUGUCCGAAAAAAGACACAGAACUCGGUGAACAUCUUCACGGAUGAGAUUAUUUGUGAACUAAUGCCAUCCCCACCACCGGCUUCAUCUGGAGCUAUAGAAGGAGCGGGGCUUAGUCGCCACAAAAGAUCUGAGAGGGAGAAUGCUCUGACAAGAGAGUCAGAGAAGAAUGCGAGGAAGACUGCUCCGUCCUUCAGAAAGCAGAAGAAAUCAACACGAUAUACUGCAGAUAGGGAACAUGCUGAUGGCCCUGGCUCUACAAACAGGAGUUCUUCACAUCAAAGAGUUUCCGGUCAUAAGGUCAUGCCGUGGCCAGCGCAGCAGCAACAGGAGGGAAGCCAGGGGAUUCCCAGUGAGAGCUGUACUGGCGAUCAUGUACCACCCCCUUCUCCAAUCCACAGCGCCUUAGGACAGGUAGUUUCAGAGGUAUUGUUUCCCACGGUGGAUUCAUCUCCAGCACAAAGGAACCCUGACUCGUCGGCUUCUCCUACUUGCACUUCCUCUGCACCUCCACGUUCCUCAGUUCCGCCAUGCAAUGCACAGAACUCAAUGGAGGUCAUUUCACAGCUGCUGCAAGAAGCUGAAGAUUCAGAUGAAAAAGAGUUUGAAGAUGACCCUUUAUUACAAGUCCUUCGCAAGCAGAGAAGAUGGGUAAAGGAGCAGAUCAGUGAAGUGGACUCUGUGUUACAGAGCAACAAGUUACUUGAACGUUGACAAGAGGCACUUGAUGUAGUCACUUUUUAUUUUAUAAAGAAAUAAAAUGAUUUUGUUUUUAUUUUUGAAGAAAUAUUGCCACAUUAAAAAGUUUGGAGAUA